AUGGCCCACCAAGCACAUGCCUAUCAUAUAGUUGACCCAAGCCCAUGACCCCUAACCGGAGCUAUCGCUGCCCUACUGAUAACAUCCGGCCUAGCAAUCUGAUUUCACUUCCACUCAACAAUAUUAAUAACCUUAGGGUUAGUUCUCACACUUCUCACCAUAUACCAAUGAUGACGAGACAUUAUCCGAGAAGGGACCUUUCAAGGCCACCAUACUCCCCCAGUACAAAAGGGGCUACGAUAUGGAAUAAUCCUAUUUAUUACCUCAGAAGUAUUUUUCUUCCUAGGGUUCUUCUGAGCCUUCUAUCACUCAAGUCUAGCCCCCACCCCAGAACUAGGGGGAUGUUGACCCCCGACAGGAAUUAUCCCUCUAGAUCCCUUCGAAGUCCCACUCCUUAAUACAGCCGUUCUACUAGCAUCGGGGGUUACAGUAACAUGAGCCCACCACAGCAUUAUAGAAGGGGAACGAAAACAAACUAUUCAAUCCCUAGCAUUAACCAUUUUAUUAGGGUUUUAUUUUACCGCACUACAAGCCAUGGAGUAUUACGAAGCCCCCUUCACAAUUGCAGACGGGGUCUAUGGUUCAACAUUCUUUGUGGCCACGGGCUUCCAUGGAUUACAUGUCAUUAUUGGGUCAACCUUCCUCGCAGUAUGUCUCUUACGCCAAAUCCAAUACCACUUUACAUCUGAACACCACUUCGGCUUUGAAGCCGCUGCCUGAUACUGACACUUUGUUGACGUAGUAUGACUUUUCCUCUACGUAUCUAUUUAUUGAUGAGGCUCAUA